AUGAAUGUUAAUAGCGAUCAUGUUAAGGCAGCGAAUUCAGCCCGAGUGCCGCAUUUACACAUCGGCGUUCAACUAGUAGCGGUUCGGCUAAGAAGCAGCAAUCUAUUGAUUUCCGUAUGGCCACUCCGGCAACUAGCAAUUUCUCCAGUUGUUUUGUCUAAUGUUGCAUUGCGUAGUGGUUGGCCUGUUGGUGAUCCUAACGAGAAUGCAGCAUCGAGAAGUGAAACACCAGUGAACAGUGAAAUGACACCGGGUUCGGAGCGCUCAGCUGGUUGCCCCAAAAGACAGUGUGGUGUCGAGAGCAGGGCAUCCGAAACAUCAUCCGAAUCGUGCGCUUCCGGUGUCUCUUUGACGCAGACAACACCGUUUCACCUCGCUCGAGUUGCAUUGGACGAUUCGUUGCAGUGUGAGUCAGGCAGCGCCAAUUACAAAUGCAUAAAGAUAGAGAAUGGUGAUAAGGUAGCAGAACUGAUUGAAAGAUCACUGGAAAAACACCUGAUGUUCGGUGAUCAUUCGGAGUACUGCCUCGUACAACUUCUGCCAGAUGGAUGCGAAUUUCGCUUGCCAGAGAAGUGCAAUCCAUACUAUGCAGUGGCGCCGGAUCCGUCAUCAUCAAUGUUAAAUUUCGUGCUGCGACGUAAAAGUGACGCUGAACGAGAAGCACUGGCUGGUGGUGCGACUGCACCGUCGGUGAAAAAACUUAAUAGGAUGAAACGAAGUAACUUGUUACGGUGGAGUAGUGGUUAUUUAUGA